GGCAAUAUAAUGCUUAGUGACAAUGUUGGAAUAUAUCUGCUCAAUUUUCAGCGACAAGGAUUCCUAUUACCAAUUGUAAAUGAUAAAUACUUUACAAGGCCUCUAAUAGAGGCAUAGUACCGGCUGGUGUGAUGUUUUUUUCACUAGAUUUAUAUCAUAUUUCUUAUUAAGCAUUCAAGGUUCUCUCUGAGUUUCUCCUCAUGAGAAAACGAAACCGCGGUCGACUUCUAAUCUCUCCUUGGGCAAUUUUUUCAUUGAUCCCAUUCCUAUACUGACACUGAACAAUCAAACCAUGUUAAUAGCUAUCGCUGUUAUCCUGCUUGUCGGCCUAGGCUAUCUUCCCUUGGCCACCGCAGACACCCACUGUAGUGCCACUGUGCCAUGCGUCACUGGUUGCUGCGGUACAAACAAUAUCUGUGGCCUUGGGCCAGACUAUUGCUCUCCUGCCAAAUGUAUCAACAAUUGUGAUGCCAAAUCAGAAUGCAAUCCCGGCGACUGGCCGACGCAGUAUACCAAUGCUACUACAUGCCCACUAAAUGUGUGCUGCAGUCCAUACGGCUUUUGCGGAACAACGGAUCUUUUUUGUGGAAAUACAACUGUCCCCAGACCUUCAUGUAGUGCAAAUUCGCACUCCCUCGCUCGUGUCAUCGGGUAUUACAACUCGGCAGGUGCAUCACGGCCCUGUGGUGGUAUGACCCCUUUGGGCUUCCCCCAGGGUGUCUACACACACAUCUACUUCGCCUUUGGCAGUAUCAAUCCAGACACAUUUGGGGUCAUAUCCGGAUCUCCAGGAGAUGAACAACUUUACCCCCAGCUUCAAGCGCUUCAGUCUCGAGAUUUAGGACAACAACUAUGGCUCUCUAUUGGUGGCUGGGAUUUUACUGACAGCGAUUCACCGACCGUCACAACCUUCUCAGAUCUCUCAGCGGCCGACACAGUUCAUCAAAAUGCCUUCUUCACAUCUCUAACCCUCUUCAUGACUACCUGGGGCUUUACAGGGGUCGAUAUCGACUGGGAAUAUCCCGCUGCUGGUGACCGUAAUGGUCGGGCGGAAGACUAUAAAAACUUUCCCAUCUUCUUAGCUAAUCUGAGAAAGGCGCUGGAUGAUUAUAAAUUUGGUCUAUCUGUUACACUACCUACCAGUUAUUGGUAUCUGCAGCACUUUGAUCUAGUCUCUAUUGAACCUUCGGUUGAUUGGUUCAAUUAUAUGAGCUACGACCUUCAUGGCACCUGGGACAUUGGCAGCCAGUGGACCGGUGCCUAUCUAAAUGCCCAUACCAAUCUGACAGAAAUUGAGUCGGCUCUUGACCUGCUCUGGCGGAAUAACAUCACCGCGUCCAAGGUGAAUUUGGGCCUGGCCUUUUAUGGGCGUAGUUUCACUCUAGCUAGCUCAUCAUGCUCCGAACCUGGUUGUGCGUACCUCUCAGCCGGUGAUGCUGGUGAUUGCAGUGCCACAGCAGGGAUUCUUUUCAACAAUGAAAUAAAUCAAAUCAUUAACGACAAUAAUCUUACUCCUAUACUGUAUACAGAUGCAGCUGUCAAGACUAUCACGUGGAAUAAUGAUCAAUGGGUUUCGUUCGAUGAUCAAGACACAUGGAAGCUCAAGGCUGAUUUUGCUAAGUCAGAGUGUCUUGGCGGCGUCCUGGUCUGGUCUGUCGAUAAUGAUGACAGUAAUAACACCUUUUCGCAAGGGCUGGCGGCGGCUCUGGGUAAUAAGAUCAACCUAGAUCAUUCUACAGGCCUGACUGGUGAAAUUCUCGAAUUUCCAGGGACAGCUCACCUAUCUGCACAGGGCGAUUACUGCCGCUUCAUUAACUGUGGGGAGGUUUGUCCAAGUGGCUUUACCACUAUCGUUCGUGGCGAUGAGACGUCGCAGCUCAUGCUUGACUCAACUGAGUGUUCUUCAGGUUCUGACGCAACGCAAACACUUUGUUGCCCUACCUCGAACGAUGUUCCAACAUGUCAAUGGCGAGGCUUUCAUAAUAGCGGAAAGUGUCAAGGUGGCUGCAACAGCGAUGAAGCAGAGGUGGGAACCAUCGCCGCUGGUUGCAGCUCGGGAUAUCAAUCGGCCUGCUGUACCCUCACGCAAUCAACAAAGCCCUGGUCGGAGUGUCAAUGGACCUCGAGCUGUGAGAGUGACAAUACCUGCCCGUCUGGUUAUCCUACAUUCGUUGUAGGCUCUCGGGAUGGUUGGGGCGGCCUGCCGUCAUGUGAUAGUGGCCAAAAUUAUAAUUACUGUUGUGGAGCCUCUAUUCCAGAUGCUUUCACAAACUGUGACUGGUUUGGCCAUGAGGUUAUAUUCACUAAUGAGGCAUACUGCAGCGACUCGUGCCCGUCUGGCUCGGUCCGCAUUGCUGAGCAACAAAUAAGUGUGGUUUGGGGGGCUGAGAAGACGGCGAAUUCGGAAAACUGCUGGUUUGGAAACGAGGCAUACUGUUGCUCCGGUGUGUCUCCCAGCACCGUAGUUCCACGAGGUGUUGGGCCUGUGGUAGAUCGGACGCUGCAAGAGUUCGAUGCAUUGGUCAAGGAAUUCCUUGCAAACCCUGUGUGCCCGAGCGGCUGGGAUUCCCAGUACAGCGCUUCUUUUACCACUCGAGAUCUGCUGAGCACUCGCGCUACCGAUCAGUCUAAAACCCUCUCGCAGCUGCUACCGCUGCUAGCAGCUUGGAUAUCGUCUCAGUAUCCCCGAAAGGACUAUGCCUAUAGGUGGGACAGUGAUCUAGUAGAAUAUGGGUUUGGCAGCGUUGGCGCCAAUUCCUCUACUCUUAUCAACGUAUUAUACGGCUCCGUGGAUAGAUGGUCUGGGCUCCCCAUUUAUUCUCCUGAGAGUUUGAUUUCUGAGGCGCUUUGCAACAUCGCUGAGUCGGCUCAGGGACUACAAAAUUUGACUUCUGCCACAGCCGCACUAUGUGAGAUCCCGCCCAGCUCUUCAGGCUCGAAACGCGAUCUCUUUAAUAAUUUCCCAGUGAGAGCGUUAUCUGAGAUAGGGGUAAAUGAUCGCACCGACGAUGGUACACAGCCGACUGCCGCUGCUGCCAUAAGAGGAGUUCUAGAUGGAGACCUGAGUUUACACUACCUACGCUGGCUUGAUACUCAGGGAAAUGAUGGUCGUCAAGUGACUCUUGAGGUUGCCUUCUGGAUUGGCCCUCAAGUAGGUGUGGCGCCCACGCCAUCUAUGCGUGCUCGGUACGCCGACACCGCGCACACAGCGUAUGAAGACAGCUGGAUCAUCUUUCAUCUUCACAUAGACUUGGAUGAAAAUACAUUCUUGAGCAAUGAACCGGGUUACUACCCUGGUGUCGUGGCUACCACCGUCUAUCAGAGCCAGACAUUUACCCGACCUAGUGCGGUAACACGGGGCUAUACGGCCGAUUUUCGCGCUGAAUACAGGUUCUCGACCAAUUACGGCGGGAGAUACAAUAGGGGCACCUUGCAAAAUUAUAAUUCUCGUACUAAUGCCCUCGCAUGCCCGAGGCACAAUGGCCGAUGGUAUCCUGGCCAUCGACCUAACAAUGGCGUCGAUUCUGGCCUUCCGGAGUUGAUGUUCAACUUUGGGACAUGGCUCCAGGCCGAGAAUAUCUUUUCAGCGAGUGUACUUCGUCAACUGUGGCCAACUUUGCCUGACGCUGGUAAUGGAUGGAGGAUGACAAGCUUUAAUGGCCUGACCAACCUGAGUCCGGUGGAUGGCGCAUUCGACUACAACUUUCGAACCGAUGGCUCUUCUCCAGUUGAGUUUGGCUCAUUGGGAAUUACCAGGACUUAGUGUCGAGGGGUUGCUACAAAGUGCUCAUUAGAAUGCAGAAUAAGUUUCCGGCACUGGACUUGAGAUGAGAAUGAUUUUUAGAUGCGGUUAUAUGGGAAUAUACCGCAGAGAUUGUAUACCAACUAGUGUAGAUCUGCCAACAUACUGAUUAAUGUAGUCUCAAAUCAGGCUUAAUGUAGAUACAGAAGAUAACUACCAUUAGAUAUAAACCGGACCUUUAUCAUUUCAAUUGUCAGGAUACACUUCGUUAAAUAUAUGUCAACUAUAGUAAUGUUUAUA